CGCGCAUGGAAAAAGGAGGCCGGAAGUUCAGGGGCGGAAAGAGCGGGAAACAGCAGGGUGCUUCUGAGCACGCGCAAGGGAUCAUGGUCGUGGUCGUCGUCGUCUUUUGAGGGGAGGACUGGACUCUGGUAUUCGCAGUAGGGAGCCCCCACCCAACUUGGAGAAGAUGAAAUGUGAGAUGGAUGGUCACCACGUGAAAGUGUUUGGGAGAGCAAUUCAUGCUUUAGCCCGUAUAAGUGAGGAACUGUGGCUUGACCCAACUGAAAGAGGUCUUGCUGUUCGGUCUGUGAAUUCUUCUAGAUCAGCUUAUGCAAGUGUUUUAUUCCCAACUACAUUCUUUCAACUGUACCAGUGGUCAGCUACACAUGAAAUAGGUGACAGUAAUAUGUCAACACAUCUAAAAUGUCAAUUAGGAAUGAAGUCAAUUCUGCCCAUAUUUAGGUGCCUGAAUACACUUGAAAGAAAUGUAGAAAAGUGCAGGAUUUUUAUCAGUGCUAAUACAUGCCAUGUGAUUUUUCAACUCUUCUGCAAACACGGUAUUAUAAAAACGCAUAACUUAUCUUUUCAAGAAUCUGAGCCUUUGCAAGCUGUUUUUGCAAAGAAUAUGUGUCCUAAUAUAUUGAAGGUUCAGUCAAGGUUGUUGGCUGAUAUAAUGAUCCAUUUUCCAUCAAGUCAAGAAGAAAUUACUUUAGCCGUGACACCUAUGAAAGUUUGUUUUAAGAGCUAUCUUGAGGAUGAAAUAGAUUUUGGCAGGUCUAUGCACACUGAAAUGCAUCUUGAUCCUGAAGAAUUUGACUACUUUCAAGUUGGAAUUGAUACUGAAGUAACAUUCUGUCUUAAAGAACUGAGGGGACUGUUGGCAUUUUCAGAAGCUACAACUGCCCCAGUAUCUAUUUAUUUUGAUCUUUCUGGAAAACCUGUGGCUUUCAGCAUUGAUGAAAUUGUUUUAGAAGCCACUUUUGUUUUGGCUACAUUAGCUGAUAUUCAAAGUGGGACAUCUUCUCCAAGUUCCCUGUGCUUUUCACAAAGACUGAAAAGGUCAGAUCUGAUAAAGUACAAGUCGGGCACUGAAGGCAAUUUGACAAACAGAGAGAAAGAAUCAGCCAUAGUCAAAGCAGCAUCCAAGAGACCUGCAGACAGUGAGAGACAUAUCACUUCCAAUGAAUUAGAAAGUCUUAGUGUCCCUGCAGUGAAAAGAUUGGAAACACACAUGGCUAGAACCACAGAAAACAACCUUAGUGCCAUGGAAGAGGUGAUGCCAAAGACUCAAGUCUAUAAUAAGUUUUGUUCUCUGUUUUUUGGAGCCAUUUCACGGAAGCCACAAGACUCCAACCAGCCUGGGAUCCACCGGACAAGAGCAACCGACAUUGAAGAAGAUGUUAAUGAUGGUCGGCUCUCGCCAGUCUUUUAAUGGUGACUCGGGAAGACAAGAUGACCCUUUACCUAUUCUCCAGUUUACAAGAGAAUCCCCCAGGGGUUUGUUGUACUUGUUCUGAUGGCACCGAGAUGGGCUUGGCUGUAAAGGGCAGGCCUUGCAGGAGGCAGCGGCUCACCAGGCUUUCCUCUGGCUGUGGCCACAACUGAACAUCUAGUUCCCUCCUCGAGGUGUAGAAAGAAGUUCAGAGCCCUUCCCCAAGAGAGCCUCUGCACUUGGCCAGCUUUCCGAAAGCAUUUCAACUUUAUUCAGCGGUUAGUGAUCACUGCCAGCUCUUCAGAGAUGUCAGCUCGGCUUGCCACACAAGGUUGUUUUGCGAUUGACUUGAUAACGUUAGUACCUGGGUACAAAGAUUCAAAUUCUGGUAAACUGUAGUGUCAGCUUUUCCUCUAUUGUUGUCGUGUUGAGAAAUUUGGGGUGAAGGGUUAACUCCUCAGAUCCCAGAAAGCCAGUUCUAACUACUUUGUCUGCGGAACGUGGGCACCUGUUGAUUUCUGUGCCUUUGCACGUCCCCAGCUCUUCAGUUUUGUGAGAAAGGGGGAAAUGUUUGGGGUGUCCAAGAAUAAUCUUCGAUGAUGUCGCAAUACUCCCAGAAUAAUGCGGCCAUCAUCACUACCAAGGUGUAUGCGUUUGGGUCAGAGGUGGGAACAGGGUAGAAUGACCUUCUGCUUCUCUACGGGUGGUGGUUUACCUAAUAAAUAUGAACCAGAGAAAUCUGACACAAAGGAAAACAUCGUUCUUUGAUAUCCCCUUGGUUGGCCUCUCCCUUCCCCAAAUCUGUUUAGAGUCAUUUAUAACCUGGCAAACCUGACUCAUGAGAUCCUAUUGUUAAGUCUUUUGGGAAACCAACAAACAUGACAAGGAAACUGAACUGACAGACAAAUGCAUCUUGGGCCAUGAGAAAUCCACAAACAAAGGGAGCAAGGUAGGAUGUCUUUGGAACCCAACAGAUUUCUGAGGCCAGAAUGAACUGGCUCUUCCUGCUCCGAAAAGGAGUCGCAGCAAACAAAACCUAAGCUGAUCCCCAGAUUUUUCAGAGUAAAAGGAGCCCUUCCCCAGGUUCAACGUUAACCUUUUUAUUUUUCAGACCAUAAGUUCUAAACCUCUUUUAUUGGUCUUUUUGGUUUUUACAUGACUUUCAUGAGUAUGUAUCACUCCCCUGCCCAGUGAGUCAUCCCUAGUAACAGAUCUCAGAAAAAGGAAAAACAGAUGAACUACUUUUAAAAUGACUAGUCACCCCUAAACAGCGGACGUUCUGACUGAAAGAUAACGAGCAUCAUUUCCCAUGGCUCUUCCGCUAGAUAUAUGCCAAAGAAGUUUCCAAAGUUUAUUCAUAAGUGGGCAGAGGGGGACUCUGGGAAAAUCAGGUCUUGAGGUAAUCAAUGCCUUUUGACUAGGGCGUAUGAAUGGCUUUCUGCUGGUCCUGAGCAGGACGAGGCUUUGGACUUUUGCUAUCCACAUGCAAUUACUUAAGAGUUCACAUUUUUCAAAUUAGUUUACAGACUAAUCAGAAAGGGUUCCUGGGUACUCCAUGAUGCCACGUUUGAAGCUAAUACACAAACCUCUCUGAGGGUUCAUCUCACCCAAUUAGGAGCACACAGUUAAAAUCUUUUCUUUAAAAAUGGUGCCAUUUUGUCUAAUGUAUAAUCUUACACAUACAUCUAUUUGCAUGCAAGAUGUGAGUUGGUGGAGUGGAGGUGGGAAAUAAACAAUAAGAAUAUGCCAAGGCCAAUGCAGCAUAAUAAAGGCUGAAUAUACUCCUGGCUCUAAAAUGCGUAAUUGCUGCUGAAGGUCAUAAC